CAAAAUCAACUGCUGAGGCUAGCCAGAAAGCUAACGUUAUUCAUCGAGUGAAAGGUAUCUAGUUAGCUGGCAGAGAAAGGGACAUUUUCACAAUGGCAGAGGAAUCUGCUGUCAAAGUCUGUGUACGGGUUCGACCUCUGAUAGAAAGGGAGGAAACUGCUGCAGAAAGUGCCGAGCCAGUCAAGUUGUAUUGGAAAACUGAUAAGCAGACAAUUCAUCAGGUUGAUGAUGGAAAUUUUACCAAGAACUUCAGUUUCGACCGUGUAUUUAGUGCUGAAGAAACAACUCUGCAGCUGUACCAGGAACUUGCAAAGCCUCUUGUUGUCUCCACUGUUGAAGGUUAUAAUGGAACAAUAUUCGCUUAUGGACAAACUUCUUCUGGAAAGACUUUCACUAUGAUGGGGAGUUCUCUUACUCCAGGAGUUAUACCCCUUGCCAUGGAGGAUGUCUUCCAGACUAUAAAAAAUUGUCCAAAAAAGGAGUUCCUCCUGAGGGUGUCAUACUUGGAGAUCUACAAUGAAACAGUGACAGAUUUGCUCUGUGACAGUUGGAAAAGGAAACCUCUAGAAAUCCGAGAGGGGAACAAUAAAAACGUCUAUGUAGCUGACCUAACAGAGGAGCUGGUGACAUCUCCUGAGCAAGCCCUUGCUUGGAUUAGAAAAGGAGAAAAGAAUCGCCAUUAUGGAAAGACAAAAAUGAACCAGCGAAGCAGUCGUUCACACACAAUUUUCCGCAUGAUCUUGGAGAGUCGUGACAGGGGUGACUCUGCAUCCGGUGAAAAUUCAGACGGAGCCAUUAUUGUGUCCCAUUUGAAUUUGGUUGACCUGGCUGGGGCUGAGCGAGCUAGUCAAACAGGUGCUGAAGGUACACGUUUCAAAGAAGGAUGUAAUAUAAAUCGCAGCCUGUUCACACUCGGUCAAGUGAUCAAGAAACUGUCUGAUGAAACCCAGAAGGGUUUCACUAACUACAGGGACAGUAAACUCACCCGCAUCCUCCAAAAUUCCUUGGGUGGAAAUGCAAAAACUGUCAUCAUCUGCACCAUCACCCCAGUUACUCUGGAAGAAACACUUAGCACUCUUCAAUUUGCUAGUGCAGCAAAGAACAUGAAGAAUGACCCGCAUGUCACAGAGGUUUCUGAUGACGGAGCCCUUCUGAGAAGAUACAGAAAUGAAAUUGUUGACCUCAAGCGCCGACUUCAUGAGGUCUCCUCAGUCACUCAAACAACCGCGACAGAGAAGGAGACUCUGUCCCAGAUUUUGCAAGAGAAGGAUCAGCUCCAAAGAGAACAAGAGGACCGGAUUAAGAAUUUAACCAAACUUCUAGUCACUUCGUCAAACUUCGUUACCAUCAAAAAGAUGCCGAAACGAAGGGUUACGUGGGGUGGAAAACUGCCAUCACCAGCCUUCCACCAUGCUGGAGAGUCUGACCUAAGCUUUGCUGAGCCUUUUCUCAAAAAGAGAAAAGCUGAUAUGUCUGUCUUGACAGAGCAGAAUGAAGAUGGCGAGGAGUUAGAUUCUACCUUUGACAUGGAGAUGAACCAGAGCAGUCUGACCGUGCGUGGUUUUGCAGAAAGUGAAUUUUUUUCUCCAAACCAGCUGAACAAAUUGUCUGAGAAGGUGUCUUGUCUGGAGCUCCAGCUGGAAAAUGAGACUCAGCAGAAGCAGGAGGCCAUGGAGAAAGUGGAGACUUUUCAGAGGAGGGUUGCUGAACUGGAGACGCAACUAGAAGAAAAGUCACAAAUGCCCGCUGAUGCACAGCUGGAAAUUGAAGUUCAGCAGAACCAGGAAGCCAUGGAGAAGGUGGCAACUUUCGAGAUGAGGGUUGCUGAACUGGAGAAGCAACUAGAAGAAAAGUCACAAAUGCCUGCCAAUGCACAGGCGCAGGAGGCCAUGGAGAAAGUGGAGACUUUUGAGAGGAGGGUUGCUGAACUGGAGACGCAGCUAGAAGAAAAGUCACAAAUGCCCGCUGAUGCACAGCUGGAAAUUGAAGUUCAGCAGAACCAGGAAGCCAUGGAGAAGGUGGCAACUUUCGAGAGGAGGGUUGCUGAACUGGAGAAGCAACUAGAAGAAAAGUCACAAAUGCCUGCCAAUGCACAGGCGCAGGAGGCCGUGGAGACUUUUGAGAGGAGGGUUGCUGAACUGGAGACGCAGCUAGAAGAAAAGUCACAAAUGCCUACUGAUGCACAGGAGCAAAUGAAAAAGGGAUUUGAAGAGACUAUUCAACUCUGUGAGACGUUGGUGUCUGAGAAGGAAAUGGUUGCUACUGAGCGUGAUUAUCUCAAGCAGGAGCUCAACAUCCUAAUGGAACAGACUGAAAACUUGAAAAAAGAAAAGGCUGCACUUCUUCAGGAGAUGGAGGAGAAGAAGGAGAUAGAUGAGUUCAAUUCUCUGGAAGAGGAGAGCAAAAGAGAAUAUGAGAAAGAACUACUGAAUGACAUUUCCUCCUUAAAGAAGGCCAUGGAGGCCUCGGGACGCAAAUCUCAAGAGCUUGAGGCUAAUCUGCUGUCAAUGUCAGAGGAGCUGAAAAAGAAAGGCGACUGGGCAGAGGAACUACAAAGAUCGAGUGACAUUGACUUGGUCCAACAAGUGAAGCAGCUGCGACGCUCUCUGGACGAUGCUGAGGGGCUGAGCCGUGACACUAAGAAGGAGUGGGCCCACCUGCGCAGUGAAAAUAUCUCACUCAAAGAGAGGGCUGUGACAAUAACUGCUGGCUAUGAAAGGAUGGAAGCUGAGGUGAAUGGCCUUCGCUAUCAGUUGGAGACAGAAAAAUCUCGCUUCAAAAAGAUGCAGGUUGACCUUCAGAGGGAGUUACAGGGAGCCUUUGAGGAGAACACCAAGCUUACUACUCUUCUGGAUGGAAAAGUUCCCAAAAAUCUCAUAGACCGCUUUGAACUUGAGAAAACUGUUGCUGACCUGAAGAAAGAGCUGGAGAAGUCUCAUGAAGAUGAGAGAACCCUACAAGCUAAGAUCGAGGAUUUGAGUGCACUGCAGGAUCUUCCAGAUAAAGUGGACAGUUUGAUGAAGCAGGUAUGUGAUCUCACUGAGGAGCUGUGUGCAGUCCAACAAGAGAAAGACAUGCUGGUGUCUGCUAAGGCCUGCAGUGAGGAAGAAGCUCAUCAACUCAGAGAAAAUGUCCAGAGCUCCCAGGAGCAGCUAGUCAAACUGCUAGAUGACCUGAGCAAAGCAGAGUUAAGGGAAAACAACCUAACCCAGCAGUGUGCUGACAUCACUGAGCAACUGGAGACUCUCCGUAAGGACUUGGAGCGCUCUUCUGUGGAGAACAGUCAGCUUCUUACUACUGUGGAGGAGUCCAGCCUGAGACUGAAGGAGAAUGAAGAGCGUCGAGCAUCAAUUGAAGAUCAAUUGUGUGGAAUGCAACAAGUCAUGAAAGAGUUGGAGGAGAAGCUUGCUGACAGUGAAUCAUCCAAGGAACAAUAUGACAAUUUAUCCCAGGAACGCCAAGAUCAGAUAAGGCAGCUGAGUGAGGAGUUGAUACAGGUCCAGGCAGAACUAAAACGGCAACAUCAUCUGAACUCGGAACAGCAGGCAUGUGCCCAACAAGAUGAUCAACAUCAGCUACAAAUACAGGAACUACGGGCUGCAUUGGAGUCCGUGACAGAGGAAAGGUGCCAGUUGAACAGUGACUUACAGCAAAAUAUGGAAAUGGCUGCAGAGACUCAGGGAUGUCUCCAUUCCAUCCAAGAGGAGCUCAGACAACAGAGACAACUGAACUCUGACCUUGAGAACCAACGUUUACAGAAGGAGACACUACUAGAACAGCAGAUGAAGCAGCUGAGUGAUGAGCUGGAAUCUGUGCAAGCUGAGAGAGAGCUUCUCCUGUCUGAGAAGACAACCGUCCCUCAGAAUCAUGCGGAGUUGGAGAAGCUUCUCUCUACUGUGACCUCACUAACUGAAGAGAGAGACCAGCUCCAGGAGAUACUGGGAGGAGUCAGAGAGGAGAGGAACCAACUCAAGAGAAACCUGGAGGAGAAUGUGGAGAUGAUGAUUGAAAACCAGGAGGAGUUACGGGUGGCACUUGAAAAGAUACACCAUCAAGAGGAAAAUAUGAAACCUAUGGAGACUGCAAAUCUAGAGGAGCUGAAAAGUCAGAUGAAGCAGCUGAAGGAGGAGCUUGUGUCUGUGCGAGCUGAGAGCGAGCGCCUCCUGUUUGAGAAGACAGACAGCCCUCAGAAUCAUGCAGAGGAGUUGGAGAAACUGCUCUCUUCUGUGACCUCACUAACUGAAGAGAGAGACCAGCUCCAGGAGAUACUGGAGGGAGUCCGAGAGGAGAGGAACCAACUCAAGAGAGACCUGGAGGAGAAUGUGGAGAUGCAACAUCUGAACUCUGAACACCAGCCCCAUAGAGAACAUCAGGAGACUGACCUACGUCUGCAGAUGCAACUAGAGGCAGUGAAGGAGUUAGAGGAGCAACUGGAAGCAGUUAAAGAGGAGCGGAGCCAGCUGAAGACUGACCUUCAGGACAAUGUGGAGAUGAUGAUUGAGAAUCAAGAGGAAUUAAGGGAGUCUCAAGAGAAGAUCAAAUCGCUACAGGGGAAAAUCCAACAACUUAAGACUCAGAAUGCUGAUAUUGAGACAAGAUUGAACAACCUAAAUGGUCCAGAGAAUACAUCCUGUCUAGGAGAGCUGCAAAACCAGAUAAGGCAGCUGAAUGAGGAGCUUGAGUCUGUGCGAGCUGAGAGAGAGCGUCUCCUGUCUGAGACGACGGACAGCCCUCAGAGUCAUGCAGGGGAGUUGAAGCUGCUCUCUACUGUGACCUCACUGACUGAAGAGAGAGACCAGCUCCAGGAGAUACUGGAGGGAGUCCGAGAGGAGAGGAACCAACUCAAGAGAGACCUGGAGGAGAAUGUGGAGAUGAUCAUACAAGUACAGACAGAACUUAAACAUCAGCAACAUCUGAACUCAGAACAACAGACUGAGAGGGAACAUCAAGAAGCUCAACUUCGGCAACAAAUACAGCAGCUAGGAGAGGAACUGGAAAUCAUGACACAGGAGAGGCGUCAGUUGAAGGGUGACCUGCAGGAAAAUCUGGAGAUGGCUGCAGAGACUCAGGGACUUCUCCAUUCCAUCCAAGAGGAGCUCCGACAACAGAGACAACUGAACUCUGACCUUGAGAGCCAAAGUUUACAGAAGGAGUCUCUUCUAGAACAGCAGGCUAAGCAGCUGAGUGAGGAGCUUGAGUCUGUGCGAGCUGAGAGAGAGCGUCUCCUGUCUGAGAAGACGGACAGCCCUCAGAAUCAUGCAAAGGAGUUGGAGAAGCUGCUCUCUACUGUGACCUCACUAACUGAAGAGAGAGACCAGCUCCAGGAGAUACUGGAGGGAGUCCGAGAGGAGAGGAACCAGUUUAAGAGAGACCUAGAGGAGAAUGUGGAGAUGUCCAUCAAAGUCCAGGAUGAGUUGAAACAUCAGCAACAUCUGAACUCAGAGCAGCAGACUGAGAGGGAACAUCAAGAAGCUCAACUUCAGCAACAAAUACAGCAGCUAGGAGAGGAACUGGAAAUCAUGACACAGGAGAGGCGUCAGUUGAAGGGUGACCUGCAGGAAAAUCUGGAGAUGGCUGCAGAGACUCAGGGACUUCUCCAUUCCAUCCAAGAGGAGCUCCGACAACAGAGACAACUGAACUCUGACCUUGAGAGCCAAAGUUUACAGAAGGAGUCUCUUCUAGAACAGCAGGCUAAGCAGCUGAGUGAGGAGCUUGAGUCUGUGCGAGCUGAGAGAGAGCGUCUCCUGUCUGAGAAGACGGACAGCCCUCAGAAUCAUGCAAAGGAGUUGGAGAAGCUGCUCUCUACUGUGACCUCACUAACUGAAGAGAGAGACCAGCUCCAGGAGAUACUGGAGGGAGUCCGAGAGGAGAGGAACCAGUUUAAGAGAGACCUAGAGGAGAAUGUGGAGAUGUCCAUCAAAGUCCAGGAUGAGUUGAAACAUCAGCAACAUCUGAACUCAGAGCAGCAGACUGAGAGGGAACAUCAAGAAGCUCAACUUCAGCAACAAAUACAGCAGCUAGGAGAGGAACUGGAAAUCAUGACACAGGAGAGGCGUCAGUUGAAGGGUGACCUGCAGGAAAAUCUGGAGAUGGCUGCAGAGACUCAGGGACUUCUCCAUUCCAUCCAAGAGGAGCUCCGACAACAGAGACAACUGAACUCUGACCUUGAGAGCCAAAGUUUACAGAAGGAGUCUCUUCUAGAACAGCAGGCUAAGCAGCUGAGUGAGGAGCUUGAGUCUGUGCGAGCUGAGAGAGAGCGUCUCCUGUCUGAGAAGACGGACAGCCCUCAGAAUCAUGCAAAGGAGUUGGAGAAGCUGCUCUCUACUGUGACCUCACUAACUGAAGAGAGAGACCAGCUCCAGGAGAUACUGGAGGGAGUCCGAGAGGAGAGGAACCAACUCAAGAGAGACCUAAAGAAGAAUGUGGAGAUGAUGCAGCAGCUAGAGGAAGAAUGCACAUACAUGAGAGAUGAGAGGACCCAGAUUCAGGGAGACCUGCAGGAAAAUAUGGAGAUGGUCAUAGAAAUGCAGAGGACAUUAGAACAGCAGCGACAUCUGAACUCACAACAGCAGGCUGAGAGCGAACAACAAGAGGCCCAACUUAAACAACAAGUCCAGCAUCUUGAAGAGCAGUUGGAGAUGGUGAAAGAUGAAAGGAGCCAGCUGAAGAGCAACCUUCAGUACAACAUGGACAUGAUGAAGCUGCUGGAGGAGGAAUUUAAAGGUUUCAAAGAAGGACAGUCUCACUUCAAAGUCGAAGCAGAAACCUCACAUAAGAUGCUUAGUGAUGCGAAUGCGACCAUCUCCAUAUUGACAGAGCAGAUCAAUAACCUGGAGCAGAGCACCAACUGUUGUACCACCAGGGCAGGCGAGGGACUGUGCUCCAGACUGGAAGCUUCUACUCAGCAGCUCCAGGUGUCCUUCAUGAGGUUCCAGCUUGUUAUCAAUGGUGCUUCAAAGCCUGGACAUGGGCCCCUGAUUGAUGUCACACGAGUUGAAGAAGUCAUGAUACUGAAACUGUUGCCCCUUCUUCCAAAGCCCACAAAAAAGAUCCAUAGCAAUGUCAAUAGAUCUACAGUCCAGAUCACUAACACGGUGUGGGAUACAAAGGUGCUGCUGAAGCUGUGUGCCAAGGAUUACAAAACCCACUUUGAAGCCCUGGUCCAGAAUGACUUGGCUGUAUUUGAGGAGAGGAGACUCCAGGACCUGCUCCUCUGUAGAGCCCAGGCACCCAGUCACUCAGUCAAGGUGGCUGAGAAUGACUUCCUUGGAGUCUGGGACGAGAGACUGUCAGAACUGUUGGACAGGAGAGAAGAUUACCUCCAGAAAAUGAACAGUGUUUUGAAGAAGCUUGAGGAGAGCCUGGCCGCUCACCCAGCAGCAGUGUCAGAGGAGCUGAGUGUGCGAGAGAGGAGCAACGAGGAGCUGAGUGCUCUAUGCAUGGUCCACUCACCUGACUCAGCAGCAGUGGAGAGCUUCCUGGAGCGAGAGCUGGCCCGGCGCUCUGCUUUGGCACAGGCCAACACACUGGCUCUCCAGGGAUUGCGAGAUGAGCGCUGUGGUCUGCUCAGAGAGCUAGGUGUGGUCCGAGCACAGGCUGACAGUCAGCUGAAAGAAGAGAGGAGUAAGACUUCUACUCUGCUGCAGAUACUGGAGCGUGCCCCCGUCAAGACUGAAGCUGACCUGCUGAGGGACAACCAGCAACUUGCCCUGCAACGUCAGCAGUUGGAUGGAGAAAUCAAGGAAAUGCAGAUGCGAGUUGAGCAGCUGGAAGAGGACCAGAUCAAAGCUGCCGAUAGCGUCUCGAACCACAAACAAGCCACCCAGCUCCUACAAACUGAGCUUCAGGAUGCUUGUGCCAAAGUCAAGGACAGGGAGGGCUCCAUUCAAAUCCUAAAAGAGAAACUCAGAGAGACGGAGGUUCUGGCUAAGAGAAGAGCAUCACCUAGUGCUCUUGAGCUUGAAGAGCUGAAGGCUAAAGUUGUGAAAAUGGAGUUGGAGACGACUGCAUCAUCCUCUAAACACCAAGAAGAGUUACUGAGGAUGACCACGGUCCUGAACCACAAGGAGGACGCUCUGAGGACGCUGAAGGAGACUCUGAGAAGAUCACGACAGGAGGGAGAACAGUCAUUCAAUGAGGGACAGGAUCUGCAUGCCAGACUGACAACCACCAGAGGACGCACGGUCCAAAGCAACAUUCUCCUUGAAAAGAACAAACUUGAGGAGGAAGUGAAAAGGCUACAGAGCAACAUUUCAGAAUUGGAGAGCCUUGUGUCCACUCAGCAGGGUGAGAUCACAAAAUGGAAGGCUAGAGCAAUUAAGCUGAAGGAGAAGAGGAGGGACCUGGUAGACAAGCCUCUGUCUCCAUGUACUCCUACAAAACGACACCUUCCCAUGAGUUCUGAGGACUUCCUCAACUCUCCCAAGAGGUUCCUUGACUCUCCCAAGAGGUUCCUUGACUCUCCCAAGAGGUUCCUUGACUCUCCCAAGAGGUUCCUUGACUCUCCCAAGAGGUUCCUUGACUCUCCCAAGAAGUUCCUCGACUCUCCCAAGAGCAAGUUCUUCGAUGUCCGUCCAGGCUCUGAAUCCAUGUCGAUCAACUGUCCCAAGCAGUUUUUUGAUAACUCCAACCUUGGAACCAUUCAAGAGGUUGCGGGUAUUCCCAUAUCAGAUAUGGAGGCUGAUGGAAGUGCAGAAGAGGGUAAUUGGUGGAAUGUUAUCCCCUGUGUUUGGGAUAAAACACAGUGUGGUGUUAUUACUAAUUGGAGCACAAACACAUUUACGUCAUUUAGCAGACGCUCUUAUCCAGAGCGACUUACAAAUUGGUGCAUUCACCAGUGGCAACCACUUUACAAUUUUUUUAAACGUAUAUUUAUAUAAACACAUCUUCUGGCUGUUAGUCACUUGUCACAUACUGGUGUAAUAGAGUGAGGUAUCAUAGGGGUUGGUAACAAAAUUGUGCUAACACUUCAUCACUGUUACUAACGCUAACUCUAUCUUUGGAAUUUUAACCUACACCAGGCUUGCUUUGAUUCUACAUUGUUUGACUUGGUAUUGUUUUGGCUGAUUUUGGUCUUU